CUGAUAUUCUGUCACUUUGUACUAGCUUGCUGUCUACUUAAGGUGUUACUAAACCCCGGACCCUGCAUUCACUAUAUCUGGUCUCCCACAGACCAUGCAUUCACUAUAUCUGGUCUCCCACAGUACACACACAUGGAAAUGCAAUUAUUUUAGUAACUAUAAACUGCUGAAGACCUUUUCUCAUCAGUAGUAUAUAACAUAUAACAGUCUUGUGACUUAUAUCAGUAUCCAGCAGAGCAGUGGUUAAAGAUUGUAGGAGGAGUUUCCAUUUUGUUCU